AUGGCGAGCAAACAAGUAGGCGAGGAGAUGGAUUCGGAGAAGUAUCAGAGCAUCGGAGCUAAAGUUGCAAAGCAGCUUAGCAAGAGGAUGUCUUUGAGCAAGAGCUCGAGCAAAGAAACGAAGGAAAGCCAUAGCAACACGACUGCCACCGACAGUGGCAUCAACCAAACCACUACAACAGACAAUGCUUCGAAAGAAACUGCCAGCGAAAGCAACUUCAGCAAGCAGGCUUUGGAACAUGGUGGAGAGAUGAAAGAUCGAGGAGAUAUAAGGGACAACCAAGGAACUGCCGAAAAAAAGAGAAAACCCGCUGGGCGAAAGAGACGCUGCUGGAGCCCCCCCAGCCACGUCUUCGGCCAUAAGCCCAGCAUAAACCCGAAGGAGUCGAACGAUGAUAUCAAAAAAGGCCCGAUCACCCACGGCCGGACGAACCAGCGAAACCCUACCGGAAGCGCCUAUUCUGGAGCUGGAGGUAGUGGAGACGGACGUUUCAAUCAACCACAGCAUUCUUCCGGUAGGCCUUUGUCAGAAGGCUUUGCUGGAAGCAGCCCGUCAGCUGGAGGUUAUGCGCCCAGAGGAUCUGGUCCUCAUCUAGCAUUUGUCGGAAACAACGCGUCUAAGCGGGACACCACUGCAGGAGGCGUGGCUGGAGAUAGCAACACCACAGCAGCAAAUCUUACUGGAAGCAGUAUUGCCAAAGAUAACACCGUUGGAGGAUCUACCACCGGAGGAGCCUAUACCGGUAGCGAGGCAUCCAAGUCUGGUACCACUGGAAACAAGCCCCAAUUCACUGACACAACUUGGGGCACCAACACCGCUAAUGCCGGAGGUGCUGCUGCUGGAGGAACUCUUGCUGGAAGCAGUACCUCCAAAGGAGAUACAUCCGGAAGCAAGUAUGCCUACACCGAUGCUUCAAAGACCAAUGUUACCGGAGAUUCCGUUACUAGCGGAGCAGUGGGUGGCAGCAGUGCUUCAAGAAACACUGCUUUGAGAAAUGCAAAGCCUACCUACGACGAUGCUAGCGCUGGAGGUAUGACCGGAAGUCAGGCAACUAAAAACUACAUGCCGGGGACUACUUCUAGUGGAGGAGGUCUUUCUCGAAGCAAUGCCACCAAAGUAAAACCUGGAAAUGGCAUCUCUGGAAGUGGGAUGACUGGAAGUGACAUGUCUACCGGUGAUGCCAUCAAGAAGAGUCUUGCUGGAGGUGCCGCUAUCGGCGGUCCCACUGGAAUCAAAGCUGGAGGUCAAAGUGCGACAGACGACACCAUCGACCAUGAGCUGAGUGAACAAUCUCACAUCGCACAAGAUGUUUUCAGUUCUGGUGCGUUCAACAAAGACGCCGCAAAAGGCCUUUCUGGGGGUAGGGAAAUGAUUUCCCAUGACCCACCUAGCAAGCCUACGAGAAAAAUGGGAAAGCACAAGACGGCCCAACAAACCUCUGAAGCAUCCAAAGGGGACUUUGGCCAGGAGACACGUUCAGCUGGACAAGCCAGCAAAGGGAUGUCUGGUAGCAGUGGCCUUGGAAUGGGUGCUGUCGGCGGCGCCUUAUCCGGAGGAACUAUGGACAGCGGAGGUCUUCGUCAGGACAUGACCCAAAGUAAUAUUACUCAAAGCUCCUAUAACCAGACCCAACGCAAUAUGGGUCAGAGCUCCUAUGGCCAGACUCAGUCGAGCACUGCCAAUACCGAAAAGAUGAGCAGCACCACCACUACCACCACUGCACAGCCCAAACGUGUUGUCCAGAAUUUCAGCGGUGGCGGCCACAAGGCCACCGUGCUCCAGGAUAAGGUUCAGGCUGUUUCCCAGAAGUGCAAGACCCAGCUUGGGCUCACGGCUACCGAGAUAAGUCAGAGGGCACCAAACGUGGACACUUUCUUUGAUGCAGUAGCUGCUGAGCGCCUCCGCUGGAUGCCCCGUGAUGGGAGCAGACUGGACUGCCAGUCUCAGUCGAUUGGAGCCUUUGCGCCCGGAGCCGACGACGCCGCCAAGCUCAUUUGGGGAUUCGAGAUCCUUCUCUUGGAGUCUGAUCUUGACAACAUGGAUGUGUUUGAAAGCGUUUUCGGCAGAUAUGGCCGCGUUGCUGUGCACAUUCACUUGCUUCUCCAGUACGAGAGCGCUUACAAGUCGUCCCCUGAGCUUCAGCCAGUAGCUUCAGCUGCGUAUGCAGACCUGCUCGAAAUGGUCUGCAGCACCACGGCUAGCUGUGUUGAAGGCGCGAAGAGCAAGGAGUCUGAACAUACUAUUGCUCAUAAUGUUGACACCGCAUUUUUGACCUACGCCAAGCGCUACUCAACCCAUUGGAACAUUAUUGUUGAAGCUGCAACCUCGAAGCUCGUGAUGAACAGCUCCUUGAUGUACUUGACUCCCGAAUUGGGCAGUCUUCGCCAGUUCUUGGGUGUUCAAGAUCGUCCUCUUCAGUUCAUUCUCGAGUCCCGUACGCACUCUUUGGCGGAGGGGUCGUUUGAAUGGUUUAACAACACCCUGUAUGACUUUUCAACUGGAAAGUCUCCCGUGAUGCUGGUGACUGGUGGCCCAGGCUCGGGAAAGAGUGCCCUGGCGCAGUGGACCGUGGAGCGACUACAGGAGUCAGGCGAGCACGACAAUUGGAAUGUGAUUCCAUACACGAUUCGUGCCGAUAUUCCUGUCGCGACGCUGCCCCUUCGCUUCUUGAAGGGCAUUAUGCACCAGAUGCUAGAUCACUGCGUCAGUGACCAGCGGGCUCAAGAAGCUAUUCUGAUUGAAGUAGCCAGGGCAGCUCAAAGCGCGCUUGAUGGUGCCGGUGAAGCCGAGGUCGAAGAAUCUCUUUGGAGGGGUAUUCGCGUAGGAUUGAGUUCUGACAUUCAGUACAUGUUUAUCGUGGAUGGUUUGGAUCAAAUGAAGGCUGGCGAUACCGAUGCCGUUUCAUGCCUUACCCAUUUCGCUGAGUGCCUUUCCGAUCAGAGUGCCGGGUCCAAGAUGAUCGCCUUCACCAGGCCUCUAGGCUCGAAAAUGCGUGCCCCAAACAUUGAACAUUUCACGCUGCAGACUUCUCAGACUCAAGCUGAUCUGGAGACAUAUGUCUCUAAGAUGAUGUUUAAUUCGCAAUUUGAUGGUCCUGUGGACAAUCAAAUGGAAUCAGCCGUGUCUGUCAUUGUCAACCGCUCACAUGGUUCUUUCAGCUGGGCAGAGAUGGCAGUUGCCCACGCUCAACAGCAGAGAACCCUGAGCCAGGCAAUCUCUGCUGUACAAAGUUUGCCUGAAGCCAUGUCUGACUUGCUGGACUUCCAUAUGAAGAACAUGGACUUCAGUCAGCAUGAGGCACGUUAUAUCAUGUCGUGGCUUGCCGCCGCCGAGAGACCAUUAUUGGUCGAGGAGGUAGAACAGCUGCUAGCUGUUGAUCCCCAGGGUCCCAGCUUCAUGUCACUAUACUCGCGAGGUGAAGAUCAGUGGUUCAGCUCCUUGAAACCUCUUGUUAUGACCCGCGAUGGUGUGGUAUCCUUCGCCCACACAAGCAUUCGCGAUCAUGUCAUCAAGCAGGCAAGAUCUGCCAGCAUUAAAUCUCCACUCAACCUGAGAGAAGCUCACUACGAUCUUCUUACUAGGUGUCUUGCCUGGGUUCAACUGAGUGUGCGAGAAGAGGCUGAAAUUUCCAUGGAUAAGCUUAGUAUGGAGGAGCGUAACCACCUUUUCGACAAAUAUGUCAUGCUCGAGUACACUGCCCGCUAUUGGCUGUCACAUCUACUCUCGUCGCCUCUUGUCACCGAUGAUGGUGAAUUCCAAUUCACUACAGGCUUCAAGAAACUCGUACCCUCGACUGUUCUCUUUGCUCGUCUUGAGUUGACUUGUAAAGAGUCUCAGUACACCCGAUCUAGUGUCGUCGAGCUCUACCGACUGGCUGCAGAUAUUCGUCGCUUAGUUUUGGGUGAGAAGUCGAUGGCUCUUCUCCAGAGUCUCUUCUUUAGUUCUCGUGUCUCAGAAUUGGCUCAUGCCAGUCAUGCAGAUGAGCACAGCUACGAAGCAUGGAGACUUAGUCAAGAGCUCCUGGGCCAGACUGACAGUAUCACGGUGAAUUGUGUUGAGAUGAUGACCCAGUCUUUCACUGCACGGGGCACCAUGACUACUCAACAGGAAGAUAUCAUGAAGUAUCUGAUCUUGACUGAUUCCGAGAUCACUGGUGUUGAGUUCAACCAGCGCCUGAACUACCUCGGAAUGAUAGUGGGCAUGUACAAGACUCGCGGAGAUAACGAAUCUGCCUUAACCAUUUCGAAACAAUUCUACCAGCAAAUUAUGGAGAAAUACGGUACAAAUUCGAGACAGUCGAACGAGACCGCGGAAUUCCUGACCACCCAAUUCCCAACUACUGGAAAUGACGAGAUGAGUCGGGACAUCGCGAGAACCAAGUAUGACAACAUGUUGCGAACCAUGGAAGUUGACGACGAGCGUCGCAUCAAGUACACCCUGUACAUGGCCCAUAUGUACGAGCAACAGGGUGAGACGGCCCAAGCCCAGGCAGUUCUGUCCUCUCUAUGGGCUGGCCUCAACUCUCGCGACAUCGACUCGGUUGAGAUGAUGGACAAGAAGACCAAUGUCGCACUGGUAUACUACCAGUUCCUUCGUCGACAGAGCCGCAACGAAUCAGCGGAAAUGAUCAUCCAUGAGCUCAUUGCGGAUCUCGAGUCUACUGGUAUCCAUUCCGAGGAGAUGAUGCAGCGCGUGCAGCUUCUUCGUGUUGAGACACAAGAAAUGCACAUGUAUAGCAUGGACCGUGCCUUGGCCAUCCUGAUGUGGCGUUACUAUAAGGAGAGCGGCCAGGAAUACACCCAAGACGCUUCGAGUCUAGCUCUUUCGCUUGCCGAAGGCAUGGCUGCAACAGUAACAAUGCAGAGAUCCUCAGGCCUGUCUGUCAAGGACCGCAAGCUGAUGGUAGAGCUUUUGGAUUCCAUCGCCUCGUAUCCCAAGAACCUCUCUGUGUCCACAUUGAUUCUGUGCCACAACCUUGCCAGUAUCUAUGUACGAGAGGGUGACUGGCAAGAAGCAGGUGAUUGCUCCAAGGCAGUUUUGCAGCAUAUCUGGCCCACUGUCGAGCAAGCCGGAUCCCAUAAGAAAUUCAGCACUGAAUUGGCACCCCCGAUUGCCGACCUGGCAUUGGUCUUGGCUUACUGCCACUUCCGCAGACUGCACUUGGAUAUGGGCACUGUAGUCUACGAGAAUGCUUUCGCAUCUCUUAUCUCAUCUGACAGAGUGCCGGUGCCUUCUGUCCUGGCUGUUGCGAAGGCGGUGGUUGAAUUUUACGAGACCACUUUCCAGUUCACCAAGGCUCUCACUUUGCUCCAUACUGUCAGCAACUUCUUGGCAAGUCGUUUGGGCGAGACUCACAAGCAUACAAUUGACAAUCUGUACCUGGAAGCUGCGCUGGCCGCCCGUCUGGAGAUGAAUCCCGAAGCAAAGAGUUCCUACCAUCGCAUCUAUAGGAGCACUUGUGGUGAAACCACCAUAGCUCCGGAUGGAAUUGAAGCUGCACUUGCUCUCAUUGGCCUUUAUGAGACGGAAAGCAAGUGGGACUCUGCCCUGGAAGUCUACCGGCACCUUUGGCCGACUCUUGUGGUUCAAGACAACACGUCUACUUACGAUGAGUCUGAAGUCGAACGUCUCCUGGAGAAGACAUAUCUUGGCUACAUGACUAUCUUGACUACUCAAACGGGGAUGACGGAGUUCUCUGAGAGAUACAAGGUUGCAUCUGACUACGUGACUACAUGCCGUAACGUCUAUGGGCCGACGGAUGAGAAGACACUCAGUGCACUUCUUCUAUACGCCGAGCUGUGCGAGACCAACGAGGCGUACACCGACCAGGCUAUCGCACUCUAUAAGCAGCCUCUUCAUAAUGCUGACUGGGUGCCGACUUCUGAAGCUUCUUUGCCUCUGGAGCAAAUGUCGCAACCACUGCCCAUUACACUGAAGCACAAGCUGGCCCAGCUCUUUGUCCGAAGGCGUGACUCGACUAGCGAGGCUCGCUCGCUGUACACGGAAGAGUUUCAAUUGGCGAAGAAAACCCAGGGAUACUUCUCUACCACUACCUUGUCCUGGCUCCGUGAGCUCGCUCUCGCACAUUCUCGACAGGGAACACCUUCAUCAGUUCAGCAAGGCAAUGCGCUUCUUCACACAUAUGUCACAGAUGUUCUCCACGCCGGCGGCGAUCCCGACAUGACGAGUGACUGGGCUCGUAAGAUAGCCUCCAUCUAUCUGGAAUGCGGCUUCAUUGAAGGUGGCAACAGCGUUCUUGAUGAACUCCGCCACCGCGUGCUCUCAGGAUCCGAUACCUCUGCAAUGGCAUUGAGAGAUCGCCGCGAUGCCAAGUUUGUAGCCUCCUUCGAGGAAGUAUUCGGUCGCCGUGGUAGCUCCGAAGAGAUCAUCACCGAGAUGUAUCGCGAAAUGCAGAUUCAACAGACCUUCACGAGAAACCUGUCUGGCCACGACUUCAUCCCGACACUGAUCUCUGGAGAUCGUCUUGCCCGUCUGCAGAUCGAUCAGAAGCGCGCUCGUGCCGCGAAGGAGACCCGCGACAGGCUAUAUGAGUACUUCUGCGUUACUCUAUCUGCUACCAACAUUGCAGACCACGACAUCGUGAUGCAAUUCUACGUCCGCGAUCUAUGCAACGACCAGCGCUUCCAAGACGCAAGCGACGUCACCGGUGUCUUGCACUCCUUCUUGCAUCUGACAGACGGCCUGAACAGCUACGAAAGUAUCAUCACAGCCACCAAGCUAUGCUUGUACCUGAGCGGCCACCAAGCCACCAAGUGCCAGAACGAGAAACUCUUCAACGAGAUGUCCGUCAAAUCCAAGAUGCUGCUUCAAGAACUCAUGGCUGCGUCCAAGUCACUUGGAAUCGAGAUCAUGGACCUGCCAUUCCCCGAGCUAAACGAUAUCAUCACGCUACUCGGCGAAUGCGAGAUGUUCGACGACCUCGAGACGAUCCUCACCCAGCUCUGGACAUCCCGCAUUGUCCAGCGCACCUGGACUCCAGACGUAGUUGUAUGGAUUGGUCGACGACUCGUCGAGACGCGCUUCUGCCGUGGCUCCGUCGACUCGGCCAUCCAACUAUGUCGCGAUAUCUGCUACAACCUGCGGCAGGUAUGGGGUAGCUGUGACAACGUGACCCUGGAGAUGACCAAGCUUCUAUCUGCUCUCUACACAGCCUUGGAAGACCACAAGUCCGCUGCAACACUGCACGAGGGUGUUCUUCACGACUUGCUCAGCGACUCUGAAGCCAAGAAUCAUCCUGGCGCUUUGAAUGCCGUCUCCCAACACAUGGAACUACUCCGUCGCGCGCAAUCUCGCCUCGGCACAGAGAAGAGUACUCGUUCCUCGUCGCAUGCCGAUCUAAUCGCUCAAGUGACAGACCGGUUUGGUCUGCAAUCCGAACAGAUCGAAGGUGUGGGCGAUGCUAAUGGCGGCGAGAAAUUCGGCGUCUGGUCUAAGCCUCGUCGGUUCAGUAUUGAUGUUGAGGAUCUGGACGACCAGGGCCAGAUGCAUCACAACCACUUGCGGGAGUCUAGUGGUGCUGGGUUGUUGACUGGUAGUGGUGCGCCUCGGAGGAUUUCUGUCCAGGCGCUGUAA